UGUAGGACUGUGAGCGUGUUCCAGCGAGGGAGGGAGAGAGAGAAAAAGAGGAGGGAGAGAAAAGAGAGGGAGAGAGAGAGAAAAAGAGGAGGGAGAGAAAAGAGAGGGAGAGAGAGAGCGCUGGUCUGACUCUGUGGAAUUUCUCUUUUCUCUGCUCUCCGCUGGGGUCCCACAGAACGUCAGUCAAACACAGCUGAAGAAGAUGUGAAUUUCUUUCCAUGUUCUUUUUCCUUCUUUAACUCUCCCUGUGACGCCUUCUGAGUCCUGCUGGAUCUGUGUCUUUUCCCGCCGUGUCGCUGGACCCUCGCUCUGCCUGGGCGUGUGUGUGUGGAGGAGUGGGAUGCAGAUGGACAGAGCGUGAGGGAGGAUGGGACAGGACAGCAGAAUGAGGUCGUCCCUGCUGCGGGUGGUAGCCAUGUCAGGUCGCCAUGACAACUGCUCAGCUUGGUGACGAAGUGCAGUGGAGCAUGCUGGGUAACACCAAACACUACUUCCCUGGAGCACAGGAGAAGGAUGGAGAAGAGGAGGAAGAGGAGGAGGAGGAGCGGGGCAGGAUGGACAGAAGAGAGGGAGGACAAGGAAGGCAAAACGGAAUGGUGGACAUGGGAGAGCAAGAAGAGGAGCUGGGGAUGCGAGGGGGUAGACAGCUGCGGGACCCCAAAGGGGAGGGACAUAAACCAGCUGCUAUUGUGAUUGGACGACAGCGGGGAGACAGACAGCCAAAGUCUUCCAUGGCUGUUGUGCAACGGGGGAUCUCUUUCCCCACCAACCAGGAACUUGCUCAUCUUCAACUGGCCAAUCAGAAGCAUGUGUAUGCAGCCACAGCCAAUCAGCAGCAGCUUUACCAAGCAUCAGCCAGUCAACAGAGGAGGCGUUACAUGAUGGAGCGUAGCAUGACAACGGUGUCACCGCUAGAGGAAACUCACCUGACCAUGCUGGUGUUCCGCAUCGGUAUCCCUGACAUCAAGCAAACGAAGUGUUUGCGCUUUGACCCCGAUGCGACGGUGUGGAGUGCGAAGCUGCAGAUCAUGUGCUCGCUGGGCGAAUCGCUGUGGGACGUUUACAACUACGGCCUCUUCCAGCCGGCCGCCGACGGACGGGACGCCAACUUCUUGGAUGAGGAGCGCUCGCUGAGAGAAUACCCACAAUCCUUUGAGAAAGGAAUGCCCUACCUGGAGUUUAGGUACAAGACCAGAGUUUACAAGCAGACCAACCUGGAUGAGAAGCAGCUGGCCAAGCUACACACAAAGGCCAACCUGAAGAAGUUUUUGGAGUAUGUCCAGAGCGGAUCCCUGGACAAGAUCACCAAAGCGCUGGACAAAGGCCUUGACCCGAACUACCACCACCAAGAGAAUGGAGAAACGCCCCUGUCCCUGGCGGUGUCGAUGCCUCAGUCCAUAGAGGUGGUGCGCUGUCUGGUGCUGAACGGAGCCCAUCUGGACUUUAGAUCCAGAGAUGGACUUACACCACUACACAAAGCAGUCCGCGCACACAACCAUGCAGCACUGCAGAUCCUUCUGUCAAUAGGAGCUUCUCCAGACUACAAGGACCGCUGUGGGCUGACGCCGCUCUACCACUCGGUGCUGGCAGGGGGCGACACCUCGUGCUGCGAGACACUGCUGUUCUACCGAGCCCGACUCGGAGUCAGAGACGAGAACGGCUGGGAUGAGUCACACCAGAUGAGGGACCCAGAGGGAUUUGGCAUGCAAGAAAUACACAAGGCAUGUCAGAAUGGUUUUGCCCAGCACCUGGAACACCUGCUGUUCUAUGGCGCGGACUCCACUUCCCAGAAUGCAUCAGGAAACACAGCACUUCACAUUGGUGCUCUGUAUAAUAAGGAAAACUGUGUGCGUGUUCUCCUAUACAGAGGAGCCAAUAAGGAGACUAAGAAUAAGCAUGGGCAAACCCCAUUCCAGGUGGCAGUUAUGUCUGGCCAUUUUGAGAUCGGAGAGAUCAUCAAAAAUCACAAUGACUCAGAUGUAGUUCCCUUCCUCGAGUCACCCAAGUACGCCCCUCCGCGCUCCGAGCUGGUCAGAGCUCUCCCCCCUUCUGGGCCCAUCCACCAUGCCCACCCUCACCCCCUGCUGCGGGCCAAGAGUGAGAACACCAUGAACCCUCCCGAUCAGAUGGCCCCCGCGCCACCCUCGGGAACCAACAUGGCGCCCGCACCGACCCAAUCGAGGAGAGCCUCCUUUGCUCUGAGGAGCUCCAGCAGUCCUCGCUCUCGCACCCGCUCACCAUCCAGAGGAAGAGGGGACACAGAGGAACGACAGAAGCAGCAGAGAGGGAGACAGGGUGGUGGCGGGCAGCAGCAGCAGCAGCAGCAGCAGCGGAGGAGGCUGUACAGUGCGGUCCCUGGCCGUGUGUUUGUGGCGACGCGUUCUCACUCUUCCCAAAACGAGCGCGAACUCAGCCUCAGCAAAGGAGACAGGGUCAAAGUGCUCAGUGUAGGUGAUGGAGGCUUCUGGGAAGGGACAGUAAAAGGGAGAACUGGCUGGUUUCCCUCUGACUGCGUGGAGGAGGUUCCCCCUCAAAACCAAGAGCAGAAACCAGAGAGUCGCAGCGAAAAGGCCCGCAAGAAGCUGUUCCGCCAUUACACAGUGGGAGCUUAUGAUGGCAUCGAGGCGCCCAGUGACUACAUCAUAAAGGAGAAGACCGUUCUCUUACAGAAGAAGGACAAUGAGGGCUUUGGCUUUGUGCUUCGAGGAGCUAAAGCUCAGACUCCCAUUGAAGAGUUCACUCCCACGCCAGCCUUCCCUGCUCUACAGUAUCUGGAGUCAGUGGACGAAGGGGGUGUGGCCUGGAGGGCUGGACUGCGAAUGGGAGACUUUCUCAUUGAGGUGAAUGGGCAGAAUGUGGUGAAGGUGGGUCACCGGCAGGUGGUCAACAUGAUCCGGCAGGGAGGAAACAGCCUCAUGGUGAAGGUUGUCAUGGUGGCACGAAACCCGGAGAUGGAGGAGGUGCCUAAAAAGAAAGCCCCCCCUCAGAGCAAACGGCUAACUCCCCCAGCCAUCGCACUGCGCUCCAAAUCCAUGACCUCUGAACUGGAGGAGAUGGUGGAGAAAGCAGCCUCUCCCUGGAAGAAGAAAGCGGAAUACGAGUCAUCCCAGGCCACCGAUAAGAAGAGAAGCGUCUAUCAAAUGGCACUGAAUAAGCUGGAUGAGAUCCUGGCAGCCGCUCAGCAGACCAUUAGUCCAUCUGAGGGGGGGGCCCAGCGAGGUCACACAGGGAGGAGAGAGCGCAAUAAGGGCUAUUACACUAACAAGCAACCAAGUUUUGAACAAUCAGGUGUUGGCAUGAUGUCAUCAGGGUCUGGGUUUGGUUAUAACCAAGUCCAGUUUUCAUCAAGCCACGCCACCCAGCAUGGUCUGAUGCUUCGGCAGAAGUCCAUUGGGGUGGCAGAUGAGGAGAAGGGCUUCCUGCAUCCCCCCGCCAUGAAGCUAUCCCGCAGUCUGUCUGUUCCUGGCCCCGAGGACAUUCCGCCGCCGCCUGAAACGUCGCCUCCGGAGCCCCCGCUGUCAGCGGGUGGCAGAAGGUCGGAGCCCAGCCACCCCUCCUCGCACUUCCUGCCCCACGCACAGACAGCCAUGGCUCCCCAGCACAGCCGGGCCACCUCGCGCAGGGAGUCGUCCGAUUCUGGGUGGAGGGGCGGAGGCAAAAUGGGAGGGCUGAGGCGGGGCUACAGCAGUGCCACGCCCCCAGGCAACAUGGCCACUGCCAAGGCGACCGCAGUGCCGCCACCCCAGCAAGCGGUUGCUAAGACAACCGGACGGAGAGCCGGUGGCAGGGGGCCUCUGCUUAAGCAGCCCAAAGUGGAGGAUGGGGCAGCUGUAGGUCGAACGCAGAGAGGGGGCCAGGCGCAGGUACAGGACAUGGGGAACGACAAGAGCUCCAUUCCCAUCCCCACAAUCAUUGUCAAAGCGCCCUCCACCAGCAGCAGUGGCCGGUCCAGUCAGGGCAGCAGCAUGGAGGCGGAACAACCCCCUGACCUUGAGCAAGAGGAGGCGCCUGAGCCCCCCAGCCCCCCUCCUUCUCCACCCUUGCCUCAGUCUUUACCCUCGUCCCUCCCCCAGGAGAGGACAGACACUUCUGGACCUCAAGGCGGUGGCACCAUGGGUAAAGCGAGGCGGGAUCGAGAGCGUUACAGGGACUCGCGGCGAAAGAGUGCCUCUUUCUUCUACUCCUCAGAGGAGGACUUGUUGGAGGAUGUCCCCACUAGCCAAACAGAGAACACAUCCCCCCGACUGCGUCCUUCCAAAUCCAUUGAUGAGGGCUUGUUCUCUGGGGAUAACUUGACCACCCAGGGACGCAGCAUGCCCCCUGCGUUCGGCCUGCCUCAGUAUGCCUCACCACAGACUCAUACACACGCCACCACCUUCAUCCAUCCUCUCACGGGGAAGGUUCUAGAUCCGUCCUCGCCUCUAGGGCUUGCUCUUGCUGCACGCGAAAGGGCACUAAAAGAUGACCGGAGGACCCGACGCGAAGAGCGACACUUCGGCAGGCAGUUGUCGAGUGUGGGGUCGUUUCCCUCGACAGUGUCGCCAUCAAAUCCACAACAUAACCCGCCUGCCACUUAUGUAUACCAACACCAACAUCCUCCUGCCCUGUACCUCACAGGCUCCUCCCCCACCUCGGCUGCCCCGUCUCCUCUGAGCCGCCCCCAGUCUCCCAGGAUGAUGCGGAUGGCUGGCAGUGGGCCUUGGUCUGGGGAGGGAGGUGAUCGAGACAAAGAGAGCUUGGCGAGAGAGGGUAUGAGAGUGAGGUUCUCUGAGGACAGACAGUCAGCUCUGCAAAACCAGUAUCAGUAUCACAACCAGUACCAACAGCAGUACCAGAAUCAGUACCAGGCUCAGUACCAAAGGGACUGGGAGCGAGAGGCUGAGAGGGGGGAAGUGUAUGGCAGGGGCCCUAUGCAGUCCGCUCCCCCACCAGUUACCAAUCAGCAGUCUCAGCCCCGCAGACCCUCCUUCCUGCAGAUGGAGAGUGAUGCCAACGCUAACUCCGUAGGGUUUCCCAACUCCCAUACAGCGCCUCUUCCGCUCUCGGCUGCUCCUGCCCAGACCACAGACACAAUGGCAGGUUCUGAGGAGGUGCAGGAGGGGGGAGGGGGGCUCAUGGUGCUUCCUCCUCCAGCUCCGUCUGUAGAUGUGGACGACGAGUUUGUGUUUGUGGACCCAUUGCCACCUCCUCUACAGUUUGCUAAUGGCAACGAUCGUGGAAACCGAGGAGCCCCUCCAUCAACCCAACAACAACAGCAACCGCAACCUCAAAUGCACCAUUAUCAGCAAUCCCAACACCCCAGCCAGUCAUUGCCCCCGCAGCCACCACCGCCACCCAUGCUGCCCCAGCCUCCAAAUCCUCCUCAACCCUCCCCUCAGGCGGGGGACUCUGCAGCGUCCAGUCUAACAUCCUAUGACAGUGAAGUAGCCAAUCUCACGCAAUCCGUACUCUCCCCUACCCUCCCCUCACCGCAGGCCUUUCCUCCAUCUACACCCCCCUCUGCUCUUAACCCUUCCAAUCCUCCACCUGCCUCAACCUCCACCACCUCUGCAACGUCUGCUCAGUCCCUCCAUCGUCCUCAGCCUCUCUUCUUUGCUCCAGCACAGGGCCAGGACCGUGGCAACGCCUCCUUGACAACCACCGUCACCUAUGCCACCAUGACGACCAGCCAGGCCCCUUAUGCAAUUACCACCACUACUGCUGCCUCGACUGUUGCCCCUGGUCAUCAGAUGCCCCCUAAAGCUGUCGAGAGCCGGGGAGAGUGGCAGGAGGCUGUGGUGGAUUCUGGGAUUGAGGAGCUGGACAGCCACAGCAGCAGUGACCACCACCUGGACAAGCUUGGUAUGAGGGAGGGAGAGAGAGUGGAGAGGAGAAGAGAAAUCAUGGAGGUCGGGGGAGGCAGAGUGGCUGGUAAGAAUCGAGCUCAGAUGGAUAGGAGAGAGUCCCUGGACUCCUCGGCAGCUUACAAAAUGCACAAUGAUGCAACACACAUCCGUACCCAUCAGAGCGGCAAGCCAGUGCCUCCACUGCGGCGGCAGCCUAGUGCCGCUCCGUUCCUCCAGCACCCCCACAGGCAGAGAACGCACGAGGAAGAGGACCGAGGCCGUGGGUUGGGGAUGGUCCAGGGCGGGGGAACAGACGAGGGCGAGGGAGGGGUGCGGGGACCACUUUUUAUAGACCGUCGGCUGAACUCUCCGCUGGCCAGCGUGAAGGCCAGCAUCAUCAAUGAGCUCAGCAGCAAGCUGCAGCAGAUGGGGGGCUGGCAGGGCCAGAAGGAGGCCCCCUCAGGCAGGUUUCAGGAGGAUGCCACAUCUGUCAUGAGUCCCCCUUUAGUCCGCUCCAUGUCCCCUCUCCCUGUCCCUGUGUCCGUCCCUCAUGUCCUCCAUAGGGCCCUGUCCCCUACUCUCCCUCUCUCCCCAAUACACCACCCCAUUCCACCACCCCUACCCCCUUCCCUCAACCCCAACAUGUCCCCAACUCUGGUCCCAUCUCCUCUGAAUCUCCUGCAGUCCACCACCCCCACUCAGCCUGCGCCCUACUCAGACUGGACGUGUCCACCCUCCCCUCUCGCCCACACGGCUCCCCCUCUUUCCCCGUCCGCCCUCUCUCACCCUGCUCCACCCCUCUCACCUUCCUCGCUCGCUCGCUCCCACCCCCCUACGUCUCCGUCCUACUCGCCCUACCCCACGUCCCCAAAGCAUCGCUCCAAGUAUCGCGGCAAAGCCCUCGAGUUCCAGUUCAACUCCCCUGCGGAGCUCCGCCGUGCCGAGUCCCACCACUCCCCGCGACGCCGGGCCCCCAGCCCGCUCAUCUCCUGCACGGACCGGCCCCAGCCAGGGCCCCCCAGGCCCUCCUCCCUGCCCCUCUUCCCCAGCUCCCUGUACAACGCCCCGUUUGAGCUGCAGCCGCCGCUCACCCCUCCGGCCCACUCCAUGCCCCUGACCGAUCCGUACUUCCCCAGCACCCCUCCACCGCUGUUCUCCCCGACCGUAGCGUCCGCCUCCAACCCCCUCCUGGUCUCCCGCUCUCUCUCGCCCACUCACUUCCUGUCGGGUGUCUCCUCCCCUUCCUGUGGCAAUUACCCGCCCUUCACUCUGCCCCCACCUGCCAGACCCUUCGCCACCAAGCCCCUCCCCUACUGGAGCAAGUACGACGUGGCCGAUUGGCUCGUGUACUUGAACCUGGGCGAGCACCAGGAACGCUUCCUGGACAACGAGAUUGACGGCUCGCACCUGCCGUCGCUGACUAAAGAGGACUUCCUGGACCUAGGCGUGAGCCGGGUCGGCCACCGAAUGAACAUCGAGCGGGCGCUCCGCAAACUCACCAACAGGCUCUCCUCUCCUUUCUCUGUCUCUACUGUUUCAUCUGAAGGACAGAGCGAAAGAAUGAAAGAUGAAGGGAGAGAAUGGGGGGAGGAGAGAGUCUUUUAACAAACAAACUAAGCUAACUGAGAGGCUGGUGACAGAGAUUGCUUGAAAUGACUGAACAUAACUUGGCGAGAAAUGCAAGUGAGAAAAAAAGAGCUGAAUUUUUUUUUUUUUUUUUUUUUUGAAGUGAUUUCCUGCGUGGUUCACUGCACACCUGUGGUUUAACCAGUACAAUCAUGUACAGAGGAAUACAGAUCUUUUCACACAACUUACUGAUACAUCAAUAUCACAGACACACACACACACACACACAGACAACAUAGUUACACAUGCACACAUACACACCUCACUUAACAAAAUGAACAAAGACAUUCAAAGUGAUCAGAACAAAAUCGAUCAUCCAAUCAGUCAGCUGAUUUCAUCUGAUCAUCCAAUCAAUGAACACGAUUUCAUCUGCUAGACAAAGACUCUGACCAAGCCAUGGAAGUGGCUGGGAAGAGCAAAGCUUCAAGCUGUUUUAAAUUUGCUAGGCACUACUACAUGUCUUCUUUUCCACUGGGUCUGGAUGACUACUUUUCAGUUUAUGGAAUUGUUAUUAUUACACCGUCAUGGAUAUAAUGUGAAGUUCUGAUGUUGUGUUAAGGAACAUUGCCCUCUCCACAAUCACUCACCAUGAUUGUGACUCCAUAUUGGAGACACAGUGAUGAUGAUUAACGUGGUGAGAGUGAUGAGAAGAGUAAUGGCUGGGAUGACCAGGGGAGGAUAAUGUGCUGCUGAUACAGAUGUUAUUAUCAGAUGUGAUGGAGGACAUAUAAGACAUUAAUUGCAAUCAUGAUAAUGAUGAUGAUAAUUAUAGUUUAAAGUUAUAGUAAUAAUGGUUAAGUAUGUACACCUUUUUCAAGCUCCAAAAGGAUCUUUGUCUUCCAGAUAGUCUGAAUCCUGCGGGGGGGCUGUUGGGCUUUUAGUUUCUCCUUGAGAUGCUCUCUACAUAAUCAACUUGUUGUGAAUUCAGUGGACACACACACACACACACACACACUCACUCACUCACACAAACACUUGAACGUUGAGAGAUGCAUUGCCAGUACAUGCAUCUCUCACACACUUACAAACACACUCAAGAUUACAAACACACACAAACCACACACACACACACACACACACACACACACACACACACACACACACACACACAGUGUGUGUGUUAUUUGUUUCUUAGCUUAAGGGAGGUUUCUCAUAGAAUGGGUUCUGUAGAGAGCACCUCUAUAUAUUUUAAAAAGAAUAUUUUAGAACAUAGUCAAAUCUAUAAAUUAAAUUAUAUAUGAAGACAAUAUACAGUAUGAACGUGUGUAUGCAGAGGUAAGGAAAUAUAUCAGAAUUUCUAUUGUUUUAAUGAAAGAUAAUAAUGCUAUAUAGUUAUUAUUAAGAUAUUUGAAUAAAUGAUAAACAAAC